AUUUCGGCGUCUCAGUGGGGUUCCCCUACUGCUCCCAGGCGGGCUCUGCUCAUUCAUGGUUUGACUAUGUCUUCGCAAUCAUGGGAGGGUGUUUCUCAGCUAUUAGCAGCAGAGGGGUUCUUUGUUGUCGCGCCGAAUCUCCUUGGGCACGCAUGGAGACGAGGCACCGACUAUCGUGUGUCCACUCUUGCAGAGGAUCUCCGACCGUAUUUUGUCAUGGAUACGUCCUAUGAGGUGAUUAUAGGUCAUUCCCUUGGGGGAGCGGUGGCCUUGUCGCUCUUGCCAUUCCUACCCAACACAAAAGAAACCACUGUUAUACUCCUCGAUCCUGCUCUCGAACUUACGAAGGAGACAGCCAACAAGCAUGAAAAUAUAUUUCUGAAGGAGAUUGCGAAUGUCAGAACUGCCGACGACUAUAUGGUUAAGAACCCUGCUUGGUCUCGAGGCGACAGUGUGUUAAGAACGCUAGGAAUGUCCAUGUGUGAUCGUACUGUUGUCAAAGGGGUAUAUGAGCAUAACAGGCCAUGGUCUUUCAGUGGCCUGUUCAAAAACAUCCCACCCCACGUGAAGAUCACUGUGCUGGCAUCAGAUCCUGCGUUCGGCGGUGUUUGUCAUUUGGAGCACGUCCCUUGUGACGUGGCGAGAUUGCAUGCCAAAGUUUUUAUCGGAAUUAGUCACUGGAUUCAAUACGAGGGUCUGGAUAUUAUCAUGAAUGAAAUUCCGCUACGAAGAGCAAAGCUUUGA